CCAAGCAGCCCAUAGGCCCGUCCGGAUAGUGCCAGGACUGCCAGCCCGAUCUCGCGUCGAACGAUGUGAAAGAACUCCUUUCUUCUACGCGGACGGAUUCCUCUCGUCUCGAUCAGCUCGCUUCGUGACUUCUCUCUCCUCUCGAUCGAUUGCUUCCUCCACCGAGGCGGGGGAAAGCGCCGCCCAGAUCGCCGUAGGCAAGCGGCGAUCACUCCAGCUUUGAGCAUAAGGACUUGCGGCCCCGGUCAGAUCUUGCUCCGGUACUCGCUGCUGGCCCGAUCGAAACCUGGAGUUGCAGGGUGGGAGCGAACGCCAUCCAAUAGAGUCUUCCCCUACGGCGACGGUUGGCGGGGCGCUUUACCCGUCCAGACUAUCCCGUUCCUCCCCCGAUUCAGCCCUUCCGAACCGUGUUUCGCCCCUGAUCCACCUGAUCCGCUCGCUCUGUUCCUAUGACCCUGCUGACAGCUUGGGGAUUUAGUUUCUGCAGGGAGGCUCGUGAAGUCAGUAGUCGUAUCUGGCAGUGGCAGCACAGCGCACCAUGGAAUGGCUGAGCUGGAGAACGGUGUGUUGUUUAUCAGUGCUGUGCACCGUGCUGUUCUUGCGCCCGGUCGAGGGCAUUCGCUUUGUGAUCGAUAGAGAAGAGUGCUUCUCGCAUAACGUGGAGUAUGAGGGGGAUACUGUCCAUGUAUCCUUCGUCGUCAUCAAGGCUGACACCCCGUGGCAUUACAGCGAAGAAGGCGUUGAUCUUGUGGUUAAGGAUCCUAAUGGCGCUCAAGUCCGUGAUUCUCGAGAUAAGACUAGUGAUAAGUUUGAGUUCAUAGUUCAGAAGAGAGGCGUCCAUCGCUUCUGCUUCACGAAUAAAUCCCCGUACCACGAAACUAUAGACUUCGACGUGCAUGUUGGCCAUUUUUCAUACUUCGAGCAGCAUGCCAAAGAUGAGCAUUUUGCACCACUUUUCGAGCAAAUAGCCAAGUUAGAUGAGGCACUUUACAAUAUCCAGUUUGAACAGCACUGGCUAGAGGCCCAAACUGACCGUCAAGCAAUAUUGAACGAGAACAUGAGCAGGAGGGCAGUCCACAAGGCACUCUUCGAGUCGGCGGCACUGAUCGUGGCCAGCGUCAUCCAGGUCUAUCUCCUGCGCCGGCUCUUCGAGCGCAAGCUGGGGACGUCUAGGGUAUAAGGCUCCACUGGUAUCCAACUCUCCCUUGUAGUAGCCACCAUGAUCGUAUCGACAUAACCGUUAAUGGUCGCUAGAUCAGCUAAUACUGCUUCCUUGUGGGCUUUAGUUACAUGUAAUCUUUUGUGGUGCCACAGAUGAGAACUCUUCGGAUUUAAACCGUCAAUCUUUCAGCCUUCAUUUUGUC